AUGGUCAGAGUUGUUAUAAAGAGCGAGUUGGUUAAUACGGAGAAGCAAUUCCCCCAAACGCUUAAAUUAGAACAGUUCAAGGACCGGUUGUAUCACGUUACCGGAGUAGAACCUAAUGAUAUGGAAAUAGUGGUGAAAAGACAGUACGAUAAUAAAGAGAUAUUCAGCACAAAGACAGGGGGCCGGAAUUCAGACGAGGAUCAAAACCCAAACUUCCUGGAAGACGAGGAGGAGCUUAUUGUGAUUGUUACGGACCCCAACACUCAAUCGAUUACUAACCAGCUGGCUACGCAAGCGGAUGAACUAUCAUCAACACAACCGAUCAGCGAAGAGGAUUAUUUGCAAAGAGAGAACUCCGUGUUACGAUGGAAGAUGGCCCACGGCUACGGUAGGUUCAAUGCUGCACAACAGACCCAACGCGCAGCGCAGACAAAGCAGGAUGAGGCGUAUGCCCGAGAGCAAUUAAUGGCGGCUAUCGGUCACCCUUGCUCUGUCAUGGUACACGGGAGCAUUUCGCGAAGAGCCGUACUAAGGUACGUAGGAUCGCUGCCGUUGGGCGCGACGGGCACGUGGUGCGGUGUAGAAUUUUCAGAGGCCGCGGGCAAAAACAACGGGUGCAUAAAUGGGGUAACACUGUUCGGGCCCGUAGCACCGGGUCAUGGUUCAUUUGUACGUCCGCGAGCCGUGAAAAUCUUGCCCAAGAACGAAGAUUCUAAAACAGAUGACGUCCAUUGUGACGUGAAGAGCGAUGAUGAAAUUUGA